UGAAACAGACUGUGGUAGAAGAGCAUCAUUCUUGUCUGCAGAAGACUAGAGCCCAGAAGAAGAUGGCCCAGCACCUCCUGUGGAUUUCGCUCCUUUUUCUGCAAACCUGGCUGAAAGCAGCUGGAAAUGAUGCAGCCUUGAUUGUGGUGAAUGGAAUUCUGGGGGAGUCGGCUACUUUUCCCUUAAAUAUUCAAGAAUCAGAGCAACUCUCCAGCAUUGCGUGGACUUCUAAAACAUCUGUUGCUUUUAUGACACCAGGAGACCCAGGAACAGCACCCACAGUUGUCACGACCCACAGAAAUUAUUAUGAACGAAUAGAAGUCACAGAUCAGAACUACAACCUGAUCAUUAAUGAUCUGAGGAUGGAAGAUGCAGGAGUCUACCUAGCAGACAUCAACACAAAGAACUUUCCCUACACCACCACCAAACGCUACCACCUUCAGGUCUACCGUCGGCUUGAAAAACCAAAAAUUACACAGAGUUUCAUGGCAUCUGUGAAUAGCACCUGUAAUGUCACACUGACAUGUUCUGUGGAGAAAGAAGAAAAGAAUGUGACAUACAGCUGGAGCCCUCUGGGAGAAGAGGGCAGUGUCCUUCAAAUCUUCCAGACCCCUCAGGACCGAGAGCUGACGUACACGUGCACCGCCUGGAACCCCGUCAGCAACAGUUCUGACUCCAUCUCUGCCCAGCAGCUCUGUGCAGACGCUGCGACCGGCUCCCGUCCUCGCCACCCCGGGAUGCUGAGCGGGCUGGCUGUGCUCUUCCUGCUGGUUCUCAUCCUGCCUUCAGUGUUUCUCCUCCGUCUGUGCAAGAGAAGGCAAGGUGCUAUCUCAAAGAAAACAAUAUACACGAGCAUCACCAUUUCAAGAGACCCUCAACCAGCAGAGGCCAGAAUCUAUGAUGAAAUCCCUCAGUCCAAGGGUACUCCCUUCAGAGAAGAGCCGGUGAACACAAUUUAUUCCACCGUGCAGUACUGUGAGAAGGUGGAGAAAACCGGCACACAGGACAAUAGACCUCCCGAGACUUCAGCCUAUGAAAUUGUGAUCUAGCUGGCAGAUGGCAUUCUCCCUGGGAAACUGAGUUGCAGUCACCCAUUGUGGCAAGUGCCCUGGAUCUAGACCUUCUCUGUACAGCUCUUACUGGGAGAUUGCAAAUCACCACAUCCCAACAUGUAAGCCAAGCAGGAAACCUUCUGUUGCUGAGCAUGGCUGGUACCAACAGACAAAUGGUUACUUGCCCUUUCUGACUGGCUCCCAUUUGGAUGAAUGACAGAGCAGUUUCCCAAUCUCCUUCACAUCAUGGCAUGUGCAGAAAAUAAUGUUUUCUUAUGGCACUCUGUGGUUAAACAAUCAAAGUUGCUCCUGCACGUGGCUGGAAGAUUCUCUUGACUAGAGGUAAUAGACCUGUCCAGCAGCUGUGAGAAGGGAAUCAAUAUUUUGCACACCCGUAACAUGCCAUACACACCAGCAAGAAUGCUCUGCUCACACUCUGUAUAUGCAAGGAACACUGGUACACGGCCCUCACCAGUUCCUAAAUCAUCUUGAACAAAUUAGGAAAGGAUACUCUUUCCUUGGGACAGAGGGAGCCCCUCACUCAAGUGCAUGGCAUGGUACCAGCCCCCACUCGCUCCUUUGCUUGGGGACCUACGUGCAGGGCACAAGCUGUCAGAGUUUUGGCUGUUAGUCAUGAAGACACGGUCUCCAAGUGGAGUGUUAGAAAUACUCCUUCGGUAGAAACUAGAAUGUUGGAGCACUAUUCUUUGGGCUCUAUUUCAAAAGUCUUACGGGACUUUCUUUCUGGCCAAGUUUUCCUUCGGUGUCCCUCUGAGCAGUGUCAGCAGGAAGGUGACACACCCAGUACGUCUGCUCUCCAACAGAAAUUAAUCAGCUAUGUUUUUUGCUUUUGGUGGAAAUGGGUGUAAACCAGCCAUUCCAACAAGAAACCUUGAAGGAAGCACAGUCGUUCACUAGAGGAAACUUGGGAGUAAUGGUGCAGGUUAUGAAAUUGGAUUUCACCCAGUUCCUUAUUCUCAGCUCAGAGGGGCAGGAGGUUCAAGUUGAGGUUGAGAGCCUUGCUCCAGAAUCCCCACAAACAGAUGGCCAGCUGGCUAGCCAUAAGGAGGAAUCACCCCCAGCUCAGCUGGACAGUCAUGUGAUCAUAACCUAACUGUCUAAAUCUCCCACAGCAAAAAAAAUGAGCUGCAUUUAGGUAGAAUGGAGGUUUUCCAUCCCAGUGAAUGAAUCCAUAGAACUUUCUAGCACCGGCUACCAUUCUUAGGAUGGAGAGGCCCAAAGAUGAGCAUGAUGUCUUGCCUGUGGCCCAGCUGAAGAGAGAAAUUCAACACAGACACUACAGUCAAGUCCUAAACUGCAGCUGCAAGCAGUGACAUGAACUAUAACAGUCAGAAGAGCUAGAGGAGGAGGCCAGGCUGAAGCUGGGCCACAGAGAGAGGCAGAGGGAAGGUGGGAAUCAGGCAGAUAACUGUGUCUGUGGGGUGCAGUUGGGGCUUCACAUAGUCUCACAGUCCCUUGCCUAUUCAAAAAUGGAGUGCCUCAACCAGAAUGCAUGCCGCUACCCCUGUCCACGUACAUAUCCUCCAAAGCCCACCUCAAAUGGCACCUGUUCUAUGAAGUGUCUCCCGGUAUCAUCAGCUGAAACUAAUCACGGCUCAUUUUAUUCUGACUCAUAGCAUACAUAAUUAUUUGGUCUCCUCACUACAGGACACACUACUUAAGGAUAAGACCCAUGUCUUUUAUUCAUUGCUUUAUUUUUCUCUGUAUCCACCACCACCCAACAUAAUGACUUAUACCCUGUGUGCAAGCUGUAAAUGCUGUUGGAGAGAAUUGAAGUGACCAGCCUGCCGGAACAGAAAAGGUACAUGUUGGAAGUAGGGAUAGAUCAAUGCCAAUAAGCAUAGUGUGUCAGGAGCCGCUCUGGACAGGAGCUAUGUAUGUGGCCAACCAGCCAGGGGCUGUGUGUGUGAGCUGUGAGCAUCCUGAACGCACAAAGCGGACUAGACUGAGAUGCUGCUCUGUGUGGGCUGUGCACGUUUGUGUCCCUUUCGUUUGCUCUGCCUUUGAUCCCCACCCAGCACUUGAGAUGGGCGUGGCCUUCCAAGAUGUCAAUCAACCUGCUGACAGCAAGACAUUAGGAGCUAGACUCAAUCCCCUGAAACCUGACCCCUUGCCUCAUUUGAAUGGCUUUUCCCCAAUAAAACUGGGUUUGAGUCGCGCUCUUUCCCUUUC